AUGCUCCUUGGAGCCCGCAGCCUCGGCUUUGCGGAACAGACGCUGAGCGCAACUCCCGCACCCAAGGCCAAACUCCGCGCGCCGGCCUCGCGCCAGAGGCACCUGCGCAGGCAGGUGGCCGCUGCAGCCGCGAUAGCCGUCAUGAAUAAAGCCGCCGGCGGGGACGAGCUCGCAGAACUUUUCAGUCUGAUUCCAAACCUUGUGCAGGCAGCCAACACCAGCGGCAACGAGUCGCAGCUCCAGGACUUGUGGUGGGAGCUGGGGCUAGAGUUGCCGGACGGCGCAGCGCCAGAGCUUCCCCCGGGCGGCGGCGGCGGCGGCGGCGCAGAGAGCGCGGACACCGAGGCCCGGGUGCGGAUCCUCAUCAGCGUGGUGUACUGGGUGGUGUGCGCCCUGGGGCUGACGGGCAACCUGCUGGUGCUCUACCUGAUGAAGAGUAAGCAGGGCUGGCGCAAGUCCUCCAUCAACCUCUUCGUCACCAACCUGGCCCUGACUGACUUUCAGUUCGUGCUCACUCUGCCCUUCUGGGCAGUCGAAAACGCCCUCGACUUCAAGUGGCCCUUUGGCAAGGCCAUGUGUAAGAUCGUUUCCAUCGUGACGUCCAUGAACAUGUAUGCCAGCGUCUUUUUCCUCACCUCCAUGAGCGUGGCGCGCUACCACUCGGUGGCCUCGGCUCUUAAGAGCCACCGGACCCGAGGCCACGGCCCGGGAGAGUGCUGCGGCCGGAUCCUGGGGGACAGCCGCUGCUUCUCGGCCAGAGCACUGUGCGUGUUGAUCUGGGCCUCGGCCGCGCUCGCCUCACUGCCCAACGCCAUCUUCUCCACCACGAUCAAGGUGAUGGGCGAGGAGCUGUGCCUGGUGCGUUUCCCGGACAAGUUGCUGGGCUGCGACCGGCAGUUCUGGCUGGGCCUCUACCAUUUGCAGAAGGUGCUGCUGGGCUUUGUGCUGCCGCUGGGCAUCAUCAGCCUGUGCUAUCUGCUGCUGGUGCGCUUCAUCUCCGACCACCGCAUGGCCGGGACCGAAGGAGGGGCCUCGGCAGCCGGGGGAGGCCUGGCCGAAGCCAGCGCCCGGAGACGCUCCAAGGUCACCAAAUCAGUGACCAUCGUGGUCCUGUCCUUCUUCUUGUGUUGGCUGCCCAACCAGGCGCUCACUACCUGGAGCAUCCUCAUCAAGUUCAACGCGGUGCCCUUUAGUCAAGAGUACUUCCUGUGCCAGGUGUACGCGUUCCCCGUGAGCGUGUGCCUGGCGCACUCCAACAGCUGUCUCAACCCCAUCCUCUACUGCCUCGUGCGCCGGGAGUUUCGUAAAGCACUCAAGAACCUGCUGUGGCGCAUCGCGUCGCCUUCUCUCACCAGCAUGCGCCCUUUCACCGCCACCACCAAGCCGGAGCCCGAGGACCAGGGGCUGCAGGCCCUGGCGCCUCUCCACCAGGCCGCCGAGCCCGACCUGCUCUACUACCCGCCGGGCGUGGUAGUCUACAGCGGGGGGCGCUACGACGUGCUGCCCAGCAGCUCCGCCUAUUGA